CGGAAGUCCCACCCCCCGGCCCGGAAGAGCGAUGGCGGCUCGGGGGCGCUGAGCGAAGCGCUAUGGCGGAGGGGGCGCCGCGGGGCCGCACGCCCAGCCCGGGGCCUGGGGGGACGCCGGGGCCGCCGAGCCCCGGGGCGGCGCCGAGCCCGCCCACCGCCUCCAAGUGGGUGCGCCUGAACGUGGGCGGCACGUACUUCGUGAGCACCCGGCAGACGCUGUGUCGCGAGCCCAAGUCCUUCCUGUGCCGCCUCUGCUGCCAGGACGGGCCCGAGCUCGGCUCCGACAAGGACGAGACAGGGGCCUAUCUCAUCGAUAGAGAUCCCACGUAUUUUGGUCCGAUACUGAACUACCUCCGCCAUGGGAAGCUCAUCAUAAACAAGGAGCUUGCGGAAGAAGGGGUGCUGGAAGAAGCUGAGUUUUACAACAUUGCAUCCCUUGUGCGGCUGGUGAAGGAGCGGAUACGGGACAACGAGAACAGAACCUCUCAAGGGCCCGUGAAGCACGUGUACAGAGUCCUGCAGUGCCAAGAGGAGGAGCUCACACAGAUGGUAUCCACGAUGUCUGACGGGUGGAAAUUUGAACAGCUGAUCAGCAUUGGAUCUUCCUAUAACUAUGGGAAUGAAGACCAGGCCGAAUUCCUCUGUGUUGUGUCCAGGGAACUCAACAACUCCACCAACGGCAUCGUGAAGGAGCCCAGCGAGAAGGCAAAGAUUCUGCAAGAGCGCGGAUCCCGGAUGUAAUUCAAGCGUCCGCUGUGUUAAGCCUCCCCGGUGUCAGAAGGGCAGUGAGCCGGGCCGAGUCCCGCCGUGCGGCCUCGCCUUGCGCAGUAACCGAGCUAACGCAAAGCAAAGCCGAGCCCAUCCUUCAAUGGUGAAUGAUUCUGGUCAGAACCAAAGCCUUCCAUCUUCCCCUGGAAACCAAGGAAGGAAGAGACACUUCUGGUUGGAUAGUCCUUCCUACAAGCGUUUAUUUUAUUGGCCAGUGCUGUAUUGAGCUUUUCCAGCAAUGGCUGAGCAGGGUUCCCGGUUGGAGCCUUUGCAGAGGAUCACAGGCCCUUGUAACCAGUCCUGCCUUCUGCAGGCUGGCGUUGGCGGCAAGAGCGGGGUUUGAGCUGUGCCAUUUCUUGCUCCCAGCUCUGCCAGCAGAACGGCGCGGGGCCCUCGCCGGGCUCCCUCUGCUGCCCAGCCAGCCCCCAGACCAGGGCUUGAAAAGGAGGAACAAAAUAACUGCCCGUCAGAAACCCACGCAACCUUUUUCCAUUCUUGCUUUGCAUUUGUUCCUUGUUCCGUUCCUAUGAGCUGAGGGAGCGGAGCUGUGUGUACAUCUGCUCCACGUGGGCACCUGGCAUGUUCCAAAGCCCGUUUCUUUGCAUGCGUAAACAGAGAGACCUGUGUUCCCCCAGAGUAGUGGUAGAGUGAUAGUUCUGUCCUUUACUCUUCUCUGCUGAAGAGCGGUGAUGCCUUCCCCUCCAAUACUCUGCCGUGGCCAUGUCUUAGCCUGGUGCAAAGACACAAGGUUAGGGAUUUGUUGCUGCCAAGUUCAGCUUUGCCUUGUUUGUCUCCGGCAGCGCAGGCUCUGCCUCCUUCCUCCUCAGCAACGGAGGGCCGAGGCAGGAUUUCUUCUGUACUGUAGCAAGCAGGUAGGCUUGGUUAAACCCACGAGAUCCUCCAAGGAGGAGGUUCUGAAUUUACAGGCAGUGAUUGAUCUGCAGCCCCCUCACGUCCCCACCUUAAAGAGAUCACCUCAAAUCACAGAGGGGCACAGAGGAGGGAGAGGGUGAAAAGUUGCCAAAUUGGUUUGAAGUUUCUCGUCCAAAGUGAUGUGUUGACUCCUGUGACUUUUCUUUCUUUAUUUUUGGAAUGCCUUGGGUGGAUGUGCAAAAUGUUUGUUGGUGCCUCUGGAGCUCUGCUCUUGGCCAAACCACCGUCACUGGUUCCCCUCCGUUACUCUGUGCCGUCCCUGACUGAGGGCAGCUCCCUCCUAGUUUGGUAAAUGAAAUUGCUUAGGAUUUUGCUGCAUGUUCAUCCCUUUUCAUCCUGGCUUUGUUCUUUGUAGCCCAAGUGUCCAGACACUCAGGUCUUCUUGAGUCAAGUCCCAAACUGAGAUUAAUGCCAAGCUUUGGAGAUGCUGGAAUUCACAGACAUUAACUGUGUCACUGCCUCUGAGCGGAUGUUUCUCAAUAAGGUAUUGGAAAAUUCCUCACCUGGACUGAGGAGUUGGGCUCAUUUCUGGAGGGUGUCAGUGACCUGGGGUCUCCUUAAAGAUCUGAGGUGGAAUUGGGCAGGUUUCCCGUCUCACGGCUUGUUGCCGACGGGGUCUUGCAGUAGCAGAACACUACCAGUGGUCCAACCACCAGUUCAGCAAACAAGACGUGCAGCAAGGACGCAGAGCUGGUGCUGCUGCACUCCGCCUCUUUCCAGUCCUGUGUGUACCCAGCGUGUUCUCUCCCAUUCUGCUUUGCCAACACGCCUCCUCUGGCGAAUGGUUUGCCUCGUGCUCAAGGAAGCCUGGUUAAUUAUCUGUGCUAGUUUAAUCCUGGUAAUGGUGGACCGUGCCAAAUGUCUUUGAGUUCACGCUGUGUCGGUGUCAGGCUGUUAACGCGCAGCUGGCUUGCCAUCGUGCUGAAGAACGCGGCUCUUCUUCCCUCCGCCCUCCCUGGUUAUAACGCAGUGAGGUGGUUUUGGUGUGACAGACCGUGCGUCAGCUGGGCCUCAAUAACACUGUGAUGUGUACAGAUCUCUGUCAGCAUCUCGUAGCCUCGGUCAUUGUCCGUCUGUGCUCACAGCUAAGAAAUGGCUUGUCCGCAAGUUAGCAGCCUAAAAGCCCUUCAGCGCUCUCACCUGUCUUUCCCUUCCUCAGAGUUUCUGAGAACUGGUCAAGAAAUACCAGACUAAAGGCAACAGGAACAGGUUGAGCUGUACAUCAUCGGUGCCAGCUGAGUGCCUCGCUGGGCAGACCGUGGAGCUCACAGCAGCGCUGGUUGCAAAGGGAGACUUUGUCCAGUACAGCUCAAGUCAAUAAAAAUAAUACCUCGUUGCUUUUCUGUGUCACCAAAAAUGCCACAUGUGGUGAAGCCCACCAGAGUGUCACCUGAGGAAAGAGUGAUCACUCCCUGCUGAGCCACAGAGCCUGGAAACUGCCUCGACCAGCUGAGCGGGACUGCGAUUUAACUUGUGUGCACAAGACAGACUGUCACGGCUGCGUCUUGGUUUCCCAUCCAGAUGAUGCUGUUCUCUGCGGCGAGGACGCACCAGGGCGCUGAAGACUCCUUGGGCUCUUCACGUUCACCAGAACGAGUUUGUGGUAGCAAACUGAUCCCUGGUACUGGACACUUGAGUUGUUGGGUGAUGUUUAGGACCAGGAGCGCAGUCCAGUCCGAGGGCAGGGUUUCUCCUUUCCCAGCUGUGCUAGGUCACUUACCCUGAGACCAAGGUUGCUCUCAGUGUUCUGCACCAGUCGCAUCUUUCAGCGAUCGAGACGGGGCUUCUCCUUCCAUUGCCUUUCACUCAGUCACAGCUGUAUCAAAACUAGCGCUGAAUUAGGAUGGAUCUGUCCCAUUGACUCUGAAAAUGGGAGCGUGUUGUGGUGAGUAGGGGUGGAUCUCCCAUGUGUCCGAGAGUGCUUGUGCCUCUUGAGGAGUUCCCGUUAAAGCAUUAAUCCUGGGAAUGGACAGUAGGACACUGUUUUUUUUAAACUUUCCCAGUGGCCUAAAUUGUUCCAUUAUGGCGAGACUGGAAACGACCUCUUGAAGUGUCUUUGUUUCUGCACAUUUUUAAAAGCCGAUCUUUCUCAGGGUGACUGAGUGGGCUGAGGCGAAGGGGGCGGUGAGGCGAGGGCCGUGGCAGCUCCCCGCCUGCAGGCACGGAGGGUUUGUACAGUUUGUCUCGUGUCAGUGCCCUUUGCUACUGUCUCUCUGUUUAUUAAAUGUGUUUGAAUAAC